UAAACCACACACAUACACUCACAGACGCACAUGGAGGCACACACACUUUUAGUUGGAUCCCGGGCAAGGAGUGCGUUCCGCUGAUCAUGUCCAACCCUCCUUUCCAACAAGACGGAUUGCUUCUGCCUCUGACGACAGCCAGUCACACACACACUCACACACACAGCGCUGCUCAGAGCGGAGUGAAUGGGGAGAGACCGCAUCAAGGAGCCGUGCGCCCGCCUGCUUAGAGGAGCCGCGCGUAGGAGUCGAUAACCGUCUCUUCCUGCCAUCUGCAUUUCUGCCUUUUUAUUCCGAGCAUCCUGUCGGACGAGUUUGGGUCGCUCAAGGGGGGAGUCCCAUCACCAUCGCCGCCACAACCAACACCGAGGGUGGAUCGCCUUGUGUUUGGGGGGGAUUUUUUCAACUGAAACAUACAUUAGAGCUCCGGACGCUGUGGAGAAAUUUGCUGGAAAGGCGGUCUGAGCUUCUCUCAGUUUGUUUUAUGAAAGCUGUCUUUUAAAGGCGGGGGAUGGACUUGAGAUAGUGCGUCUUAAUUUGAGUGCUGGUGGCUGGGAGUUGCCGUCGCGAAGAGAUGCGAAAGCAUGCUUGGAAGCUGUGAGUGCUAUCGCAGGUAACCGAUAAGAUGGUGGCCAGGGAAGCGACUGGGCACAGCUACCUGGUGGCUUGCUGGCAGCCUAUUCUGAUCCUAAUGCUGGGCACCGUGCUUUCAGGUUCCACCACAGGAUGUCCAUCACGCUGUGAGUGUAAUGUUCCAGAGCGCUCAGUGAUGUGCCAUCGUAAGAAGCUCAUGACAGUCCCUGAGGGCAUUCCUGCAGAAACAAAACUGCUGGACCUUAGCAAGAAUCGCAUCAGAACGAUUAAUCCAGACGAGUUUGUCAACUUUCCUAACCUGGAACAUCUGGAGCUCAGUGAGAACACUAUCUCCACAAUUGAACCUGGAGCAUUCAAUAACCUGUAUGGCUUGCGAACAUUGGGAUUGCGUAGCAACAAGCUUAAACUAAUCCAGCUGGGUGUAUUUACUGGCCUGAGCAAUCUCACAGAGCUGGACAUAAGUGAAAACAAAAUUGUCAUCCUGUUAGACUAUAUGUUCCAAGAUUUGUACAACCUUCGGUCUUUAGAGGUGGGUGAUAAUGAUCUGGUUUUCAUCGCUCAUCGUGCUUUUCAUGGCCUUAACAGCCUUGAACACCUGAGUCUUGAGAAGUGCAACUUGUCUUCUGUGCCAACAGAAGCUUUCACCCACCUCCACAGUUUGAUUACGCUCAGGCUGCGUCACCUCAACAUCAAUUCCAUACGGGAUUACUCUUUUAAACGGCUCUAUCGGCUGAAAGUGCUGGAAAUAGCUAAUUGGCCAUACUUGGAUACCAUGACCACAAACUGUUUGUAUGGAUUAAAUCUCACCUCUCUAACCAUUGCCAACACCAACCUGACCACAAUCCCUUAUGUAGCCCUGCAGCACUUGGUUUAUUUGCGAUUUCUUAACCUUUCAUAUAAUCCUAUCCAUACCAUAGAGGGAAAUAAGCUGCAUGACCUUCUGCGUCUACAGGAGUUUCACCUGGUUGGAGGAAGAUUAGCAAUGAUUGAGCCAUAUUCUUUCCGAGGUCUAAACUACCUGAAAAUACUUAAUGUGUCUGGGAACACUCUUACAACGUUGGAGGAGUCUGCUUUCCAUUCAGUUGGAAAUCUGGAAACCCUGGCCUUGUACAAUAAUCCCCUGGCUUGUGACUGCCGCCUCUUAUGGAUUUUCCGAAGGCGAUGGAGACUGAACUUUAACAAGCAGCAGCCCACCUGCGCAUCUCCCGAGUUUGUCCAAGGGAAAGAGUUCAAAGACUUCCCGGAUGUUCUGCAGCCAAACUACUUUACAUGUCGCAAGUCCAGGGUUAGGGAUCGUAAAGCCCAGCAGAAAUUUGUUGACGAGGGAGCCAUUGUUCAUUUUGCUUGCCAAGCAGAUGGAGAUCCUGCUCCAGUAAUUAUGUGGCUUUCUCCUCAGAAAAAGUUUAUCACCUCCAAGACAAUUGGAAGGCUCUCUGUGUUGCCAGAUGGCACCCUUGAGGUGCGCUAUGCCCAGAUUCAAGAUAAUGGUACCUAUCUGUGUAUAGCCAGCAAUGCGGGCGGAAAUGACACCUCUCUUGCUCACCUACAUAUUCAUAGUUACUCACCGGACUGGCCACACCAACCCAACAAGACGUUUGCUUUCAUAUCUAACCAACCCACUGAGACUGGUGCUAACGAUACAAAAGCCAAUGUCCCUUUCCCAUUUGAUAUAAAGACAUUAAUUAUUGCAACCACAAUGGGUUUCAUCUCUUUUCUUGGUGUUGUCCUGUUUUGCCUGGUACUACUGUUCCUCUGGAGCAGAGGUAAAGGCAACACAAAGCACAACAUUGAGAUUGAGUAUGUGCCACGAAAAUCAGACGCUGGCAUGAGCAGCACAACAGUAGAUGCUCCUCGCAAGUUCAACAUGAAAAUGAUUUAAAAAGAUGUGGCAUUUAUCAAUUUUGGACUUCAGCAAAAGACAAAUUAGAAAAGAAGACAUUUUCUUUUCUCCCUUUGCAAACCAGUGGUCUGUUAACAUAGAUUAAUGCUUUUUUUCUAACUGGUGGACUUGACAGGAGGCCAGUUCCUGACUCAAAAAAAAAACAAAAAAACGAGAGGGAAUGUAACCACACCCAGUGAUACGGUGGUUUUUACAACGCCUGUGGGGGAAUUAUUUGAAAGUCAGAUUUGUCAAACAAAGAUCCUAUUGCUCUGGAUAUUAAUUGGGAACAAAUAAACCAUAAAAGAAGAAAAAGCACUCCAAACAGCCAGAAUAUGGGGCCAGAUCAUAGUUAGAUCACUGAUAUUUUUUGUGCUUUUUUUAUUUCAUUACAUUUCUUGUUUUCUAUUGAUUAAGUGUUAAUUUAAUGAGCAUAUACAUAUAAACAGAUUAUAAAAGCAUACAUACACACACAGAUACACACACAUACAUACACACACACACACACACACACACACACACAUUACAUACAUAGAUGCAAGCAGACUACAUUCCCGUACAUGUUUGUUUAAGAUGUUAACACAAUUUCCUAUGGUCUUUUUCACCUUCCUUCUGUAUUUGUGUCACACUGCUGGAGAAUGAUUUGUUGCAAAUAUACAAAACCAUGAAAUUCUUGAUAACACAAACUGUAAUAAAAAUUAAAAAGAUAAAUGUCACAAUUGUUAUUUCAAACCCAUGAAAUCACAAUCAAAGGUGGGAUUUUGAAUAUGAACACCUUUGUUUAUAACAGUGUAAGUUUAGUACUACUUUUUAGUGCUCCAA